ACAUUUAUUUAUUUUCAGCUCAGUCUAGUGUGAACGAUUAAUUUAGCAAGUUAUCGCCAGAGUUUCUUUAACUUCUUAAAGGUUUAUUUUGUGUAAUUUCGACGAAAUAGAUUAGUGAUAAUGGGUGUCUUCAUUGCAAAAACAUUAUGCUUUAUCGUUAUUGUCGGAUACUUCGUGGUUUACGCACAGGACAGCAAAAAAUCACAGGCACCCAAUAAUGGAACUACCUAUGAGGAAGUAGUCGUUGAGACAUCACUCUACGUGAAGAAAAAACCAGCUACAGCUUUAAGACGCCAACGACUAUUAUCUCAGGAGAAAGGGUUUUCACGAUCAAAGCGUGCAAUCAGCCACUCAAUCAAUCACCCAGAGUCGAAGCUCAAAUCGAAUGCGCUGAAUCCUGUAAUCGGGCAGCAGAAAGAUUCCCACGAUUUUUUCCAAUCUUUUUUCGAUAAAGGUUUCACCAACGGUGCCUCAAAAUUCAACCAGCGCGCUUUCUACAUACAAAAACCGGUAACGUCCAAACAGGAGGGAAGUCAACCUGUCUGAAAGCGAAUCGGGUUCCCAAAGAAACAAGAUCAUGUGGUCCGGACGUGUCAAUCUGACCGAAAUGCAAAUUAUCGGCCACAUGCACAGGCAAAGGAGGAAGACGGCGCUGUUUGUUUUCCUUUGAAAUGUAGAACCUGUGUCUAGUGUUAUAAGCCGAAACAGUUUAGUUUGUAAGAAUCGUAAAAAAUGUUCUCACAUCCUGAUAGUUCAAUCGAUCGGAUACCGAACGUUUGGUGUCGUUUAUUUUAGUUAUUUAAUGCCAUAAGACAAUCAAAAUGUGAACAAUAAACAAGAACAUGUUUGAUGGUCUAAUAGAA